AAGCAUAACUAUGAGCGGUACAGAGCAACCAAAUGGUAAAUUAUGUGGUUUGUGAAUCAUUGGAAUGUACAAUGAAAUUUCAUUUAUUAUGUAGGCAUAGAUAACGACAGCAAGAAGAAACGUCGACCAUGCUUCGCUUAUUAAUACUGAAGAGAUUAUAUCAGUUCAAUUCUAAAGUUGUGACACCUCCUUAUAGUAUCGAGCCAACCAAACAAACGUGCUCCGUUUGUUCACAUAAUUUCUCAUUAACACCUCGAAACGAUACCCAUUGUGUGCAGAAUAAGGUAUCAGUCCGGUUUCAGUCCACUAGUGUACACACUGCAAUUCAGAAUAGCGCUAAAAUUAAGAAGAAAAAGGCUCGGAGACUUAAGAAAAAAUAUGCAGAACUAGUGGAAGUUACCGAUACCUCUUCAAAUCAAACCAAGGCAUCUGUCAGCAAGCUGAAACCAAAACAUUUGUCUCUAUUGAUAAAACAGCCAGAUAUCAACUUGGGGCAGUUGUAUAAUCUGAAGAAUAUGAAAGUACAACCAGUAGUGUCACUAAAAAAUAGCGCUAGCCAUCAAAAGCAAGAAUCUAUGCCUGUUGUUGUGUCAGAAUCGAUUUCUGAUGAGAAAACUUACUCACUCACAGAAUUGAACUGUGGCAGUUAUGGAGAAAUUUCUGAAAUGGAAAAUCUUGAUGUAUCAAAUUGUAAAGAUGAAUUACUGUAUAGUUUUGAUAGAUCUAUGGAUGAUGUGGAAUUAAAAUCUAAGCCCAUGGAUGAUCUAGAUGCUGCAGUCUUGGAACAUAAUUAUUUGUUAGGUGAUCUUGCAUAUCAUAGUCAGGAAAUGGAAGAACUUGAUGAUCCUGUAGAUGAGACUGUGCUAGCGGAAGUGCAAUAUGAUGAGCCUGCAGUUGAGACAAUGGUUGUUCCAGUACCAGAAGAAGCUCAGUCAAAGACCAGUAUGAAGAAAUUCAAAGGCUCAGCAGCGAACAAAACUCACUCGAAACAUAGUAUAAGAGACCAAAUGGCUAAAAUGAAACAGAGUGAUCUAGAAAAGGCUGCAAAAGAAGAGUGCUUGUUUCGUAAUCUAUAUGCAUACUUGGAAGCCUGUGUGAGCUGUGGGUUACUUAACAGAGCUCUGUUUUCGUUGUUGUUUUAUCAUUCACGGAGCAAACAUUCCAAAUAUACUUCUCCAGCAAAUGAAACCAAACUCUUCAAUAUUCUUCUUCAUGGUUUUGCAAGGAAGGGAAAUCUGAAUAAGGUUAGGGAAAUUCAUCAAAUUUUACAAAAGGACAAGAUACCAUUGUCAGCACAGUCAUAUGCCGCAUUUUUUGAGUGCGUGGGACGUCUUCCUGCAGAUAAUGCCUCCAGCUACCAAGUACUUUCAGAAUUUGUGAAAGAAAUGACACACAAGGGAUUGACAUUCAAGGAUAUUAUACAGAAGAGCGUGUUUGUGUCUGACCAGAGGGAGGUAGUUGUGGACGUAAUUCGAAGAAUUGAGCCCAAUUUUGAACCUUACAAUAUAUCACCAGAUAUAUGUUACUCUUGUAAUCUUCUGCAUGAAUUAAAUAAUCAGAAUGAAAAUGGAAAAGGUAAAGCUUACAAGUCACCUGCAGAAGGUCUUCUUACGGCAUCAGAAUUGCGACAGUUAGUUAAGGAGCAACUUCAGAUUGAGCUAAAUAGCUACGUUCAAGUGAAAACAAUUGAGAAGCGAAGUGAACCAGUUGAUACCAUCUUGUAUUAUAGAAAAAAAUUGCAAGAGGCACAGGAGAAUUGGAGGAAGACAAUUAGUGAUGCAUACCACAGAGAUUUGAGAGCUUUACGUGUUCAACAUCAUUACCGAGCAUUUCGUCAUAUCAACUUAUAUCCAUAUCUCAAAGUAUUAGACCCAGAAGAUUACAUUGAGAUCAUACUUCAGGAAAUACGUAAGUUGGCUGAAGGCUCCGAAACAUUCAGUCCUACAACCGGUCAGCUGUAUCGAGAAUUAGGGAGUCAGGUUCGAGCAAGGUAUGAAGUGAAGUUCAAAAGUAAUUCUGGAAUCUCGAAGAAAGUUCAACAUUUGUAUGAAGAAUACUGUGAUUGGUACUUAGCCCCUGAUAGUAGUUCAAAACAGAGCAUGAACACGCGGCAGAAAUGGCAGCACUUGGAACACGAAAAUUCGAAGGGACCAAGUCUGAAUAUGGAAGAAAAGUCGUGGCCAGCUGCUGUCCUGAGCGGUGUUGGGAAGUUCAUGUACAGUAUUAUCAUGCAGGACAUUAAAAUUGAUGUCAACAUUGCCAAAAGUAACAGCAAGACGGAGCAUCUUGUACCUGCUUUCUACGCGUUAUUCAGAAAUCAGGGGCGACUCUUGAAGGAGGAGGUUAAACCGCAUCCUGUUCUUGCACGCUUGUUCCGAUGCGCUGCUCAAGAAUAUUUAGUGUUUGAGGUAGCUACUGUGCCUAUGUUGUGCCCUCCUCUACCAUGGUCGUCCAUUACUAGUGGUGGCUACUUGACAGUGAAGGCGGAUCUUAUAAGACUUCCUCAGCAAGCAGCACAGCAGUGGCAUAUCUUGAAGAAGACUCCUGUUCAGCAGUUAUACCCGAGUCUUGAUUCCUUGAACCAGCUUGGGUCUGUGCCGUGGAUGGUCAAUGAAUCGGUUCUGGAUGUGGUGAUUGAAGUGUUCAAUAGUGGCGGUUCUCAGCGACUUGAUAUACCAGAACCGCCAUCUUCCUGUCCUGUUCCUAGUCCACUUACUCCAGAGAUGACAAAAGUAGAGAGAUACCAAGCCUACCGACAGAGAAUGGCUCUGAGAAGACGCAAAGCAGAGAUGUAUAGUUUAUGGUGUGAUGCCCUCUACAGGUUGUCAUUGGCAAAUCAUUUCAGGAAACGCAUCUUCUGGCUUCCACAUAAUAUGGAUUUUCGAGGACGAGUGUACCCAUGUCCGCCUCAUUUGAACCAUUUGGGUUCUGACAUGGCAAGAUCACUUCUUUGUUUUGCUAAAGGAGAACCAUUGGGACCAAAAGGCUUAAAUUGGCUUAAGAUCCAUUUGGUCAAUCUGACUGGAUUAAAGAAACGAGACACAGUGGAUGAGAGGCUGCGGUUUGCAGAGGAAAUGUUGCCUGAAAUUAUGGACUCUGCUGAAAAACCUCUAACUGGUUGUAUGUGGUGGGCUGAGUCAGAGGAACCGUGGCAGACGCUCGCCUGCUGCAAGGAAAUAGCCAGAGCUAUGAAGUCAGGAGACCCAGAGAACUAUGUGAGCCAUUUUCCUGUCCACCAAGAUGGAUCAUGCAAUGGGCUGCAGCAUUAUGCUGCCUUGGGCAGGGACAGUGCAGGAGCAGAGAGUGUCAACCUCAUACCAGCAGUCAGUCCUCAAGAUGUCUACAGCUGCGUGGCAGCACUGGUUGAGAAGGAAAGAAUGAAGGAUGCUGAAAGAGGUCUCAAAAUAGCACAAGUUUUAGAAGGCUUCGUCCAUAGAAAAGUGAUCAAACAAACUGUGAUGACAACUGUGUACGGAGUAACACGUUUUGGGGCUCGACAUCAGAUUGCUCGCCAGUUGAAGGAUAUAGAAGGCUUCCCUAAAGAUUUUGUUUGGCAAGGAUCAACAUAUCUUGUAGGAAAGACAUUUGAAAGCUUGCAAGAAAUGUUUACAUCUACAAAGGAAAUUCAGGACUGGUUUACUGAAUGUGCUCGACUGAUUUCCCAUGUGUGUGGGCAGAAUGUAGAAUGGGUCACACCUUUGGGCCUUCCAGUUGUUCAGCCAUACAGCCGACCCAAUAAGAAGCUCGAAGUUCAUUCCAGUGCUAAGAGAAUCAAGGAACAUUAUGCACUGGACAUGUUUGAACGGCCAAAUGUGAUGAAACAAAGAAAUGCUUUCCCACCGAAUUUUAUUCAUUCUUUGGACUCUAGUCAUAUGAUGUUAACAUCUUUAUUCUGCGAAAGGGAAGGCAUUACAUUUAUUUCGGUUCACGAUUGCUUCUGGACUCACCCAUGCACUGUAGAUAUCAUGAACAAGGUUUGCAGGGAUCAGUUUGUAGCACUUCAUUCACAGCCUAUUCUGGAAGAUCUGUCCAAGUUUCUGGUGAAGAAAUACAGCUAUGCAGAAAGCGAAUUUACCAAUGAUGGCUCCGUAAAUGACAUGACAAAACGAAAGCUGAACAAGAUUCUGUGGAAGCUUCCAUCUAAAGGAGACUUUAAUCUUAAUAGUGUCUUGAAAUCUGUGUACUUUUUUAGUUGAAUUUUAUAGCCAUGAUCUUACUCAUACUGUACUUAAUACCUAUCUUGAACUACUGGUAACAAAAAAUUUUUGUUGCCUUUAUAAUUUGAUAGUAAUUUAGAAAUAUGUAAGUGUGAAAUAGUUGUUUGUGGUGUUAUUAAAGACCUUUAUUAAAUUUU